GCGUAUUCCCUCCCUUUCUCUCUCUAAAAACUUCUCUCAAAACCCUGAAAACCCUCAAGAUUCGCAACCAUGGAUUGGGUCCGAGGCAGAGAGAUUGGCCACGGCGGCUUCGCCACCGUCCACCUCGCGGCGCCCGCCGAGACCUGCCCCUCCGACCGCCCUCCGUUGAUGGCCGUCAAGUCCUGCGACGCGGCCCUGUCUUCCUCCCUCAGGCACGAGAGGCGGGUCCUGAGCGAACUCGGCGACUGCCCGCGGAUCGUCCGCUGCUUCGGCCACUCGCUUACUUCUGAGCGCAGCGGCCAGGAGCUCUACAACGUCCUCCUCGAGUACGCCGCCGGCGGCAGCCUCGCCGACCGCCUGAAGUCCAGGGGGAAGCCCCUCUCGGAGGCCGAGAUCAGACGCCACACGAGGUCGAUCCUGGAGGGCCUGGAGUUCGUCCACUCCAAAGGGUUCGUCCACUGCGACGUCAAGCUCCAGAACAUCCUCGUAUUCCCCAACGGCGGCGACGAAGUCAAGAUCGCCGACUUCGGCCUCGCGAAGAGAGCGGAUGAGCGGUUGCUGAAGGGCAGGAAACAGGGUGGACUCGAGUGGCGGGGGACGCCAAUGUACAUGGCGCCCGAGUCGGUGAACUGCAACGAGUACGAGCCGGCCUCGGACGUCUGGGCGCUCGGAUGUGCGGUGGUGGAGAUGGCGACGGGGAGGCCGGCGUGGGGGUCGCGAGCCGAGUCGAACGCGUACGCCCUUAUGAUCAGAAUCGGAGUCGGAGACGAAAUCCCGGAGAUUCCCGAGGGACUGUCGGAGCAGGGGAAGGACUUCUUGAUGAAGUGCUUCGCAAAGAACCCAGAGAAGAGGUGGACCGCCCGUAUGCUCUUGAAGCACCCCUUCCUUGCAUUCGACGACGAGGUUGUAAGAAACUGCGGAGAAGUCGAAUUCGUGGAUUCCUCUCCGAGGUGCCACUUCGAUUUCCAAGACUGGGUUUCGAUGCAAUGUUCAAGAACGAGUUGGGAAGCGGGCUCGCUUUGGUCCUCCUCGGAUAUGGAUUCUGAUCCGUCGUUCGUCGGAGAGCACGCCACGUCGGAGAUCUGGUCGGAUUCUUCAUCAGCGAUUAAUCGGAUUGGCAAGUUGGCGAGCCCGGAGAAGCCUAAUUGGGAAGGUUCCGGGGGUUGGGUCGCCGUUCGAUGAUUGGAAUUCGUCCAAUUCCGAAAGCAGAGUCAGCACAGCUAGGAACAGAGCAGAGUUCUUGGAUGAUUGUUUUUGGUUCGAUCCGAGGGUUCUGCUUCAAUCGAUUCGUUUUCUUUUUCUACGACUGUGAAUAUUGAUUCGGUUAUUCCAGACAAGAAAUGU